UUGUCAAUUCCCUCCAUUCACUUAGUGAAAAUGUGGCUCAACCUUGUGUCCUUACUAGUCGUCCUCAAAGGAGUCCAGUCUCAAGUACAGUUGGUGGAGUCUGGAGGAGAUGUGAGAAGACCUGGGCAGUCCCUCCGUCUCUCCUGCCAAGCCUCUGGAUUUGAUUUCAGCAGCUACUAUAUGAGCUGGGUGAGACAGGCUCCAGGGAAAGGCCUGGAAUGGGUGGCACAGAUAAGCCACACUUCUGGUACUAUUCGCUACUCAGAGAAAGUGAAGGGACGCUUCGCCAUCUCCAGGGACAAUGCCAAAAGCCAGCUCUAUCUGCAAAUGAACAGCCUCAAAGCUGAAGACACAGCAAUUUAUUACUGUACAGGAGACGCUACACCCACCAACACAAAAUUGUGCAUUUUCCUGAAUUCUGUACUAUCAAUUUCUCUCAAUUCAUUACAGGGUGCAAAUAUGAUUCUGUGGCUAAACAUGGUGUCCCUACUAGCAUUCCUCAGAGGUGUUCAAUCUCAGGUCCAGUUGGUGGAGUCUGGAGGGGACGUGAGAAGACCUGGAGAGUCCCUCCGUCUCUCCUGCCAAGGUUCUGGAUUCACCUUCAGCAGCUAUUACAUGGAUUGGGUGAGACAGGCUCCAGGGAAAGGCCUGGAAUGGGUUGCAAGGAUAGGUACAUCCUCCUCUCCAAUACACUACUCAGACCAAGUCAAAGGACGUUUCACCAUCUCCAGGGAUGAUUCCCGCAGCCAGCUGUAUUUGCAAAUGAACAAUCUGAAACUGGAAGACACGGCAGUUUAUUACUGUGCUAGAGACACAGUGAGAGGAAGUGAAUCUGAGGCCAAGCAAGAACCUUCUUAUCAGAGCAGCUGUUCAAAUUGA